AUGUGUUUGAUGCUGACUUUACGCACUUUAAGGAAGACCCUUAGGAAGACCGGGAGACCGACCGACCGAGGGAGGACCAGGGCCAAGAAGGAAAGUAACCAGGGUGCCCGGUCUUCUGCCAAGAGGGCCCGACUGGAUGAGACAAUAUCUCCCAGAGGAGAGCCUAAGAGGCAGAAGACUGGACCGCCUGGUGAAACCCCCCAUGCCGAUUAUGCAGAGGCGGCAAAGGCUGACCUGCUGGUGGCGGUAACUACUGCCACCUCGGGACACCUGACCUCGCAACAAUCGGAUGAGGUCCAGAGGCAGCUGCUAGCCCUGCUCUCGCAGGAAGCUAGACAGCCCACCUCAAGCCUUCCCGCAGGCCCACUCUUCAGGGGCAAGCCCGUAUGGGCGAAUGGCUCCCUCAGAUUGUGGUGCGAGAACCAGGCUACGCUAGCAUGGCUCAAGCGCAGUGUGGCUACCAUCACCCUCGAUGAGGGGGAGAAGGUGGUAGUCAAGCGCCAGAGCGAGGUACCCAAACGAGUACGCUGCGGCAUCCUGUUCCCGGGUGUCUGGGAGGACUUUGGCGAAGUAGGCCGAGCCCUCCGCUACCAGAACCCGUGGGCGGAAAUAGACCGCUGGCUGCUCAACCGGCGAGAGGUGCAGGGAACGGAGACGUUCGCUGUGGUCAGUGUGCCGGAGACAGUCGUGCAGCCCCUUGUGAGCCGCGGACGCCGGCUCGGCUUUAUGCUGGGUUCGGUGUACGUGAAGUUUGAGGGGUCACGGGGCAAAUUCAGGGAACAACCGCCCCCUAGCAGCACUGUCGCCAUAGAUGGCGCAGCUGAGGCACCUGCCGAGCCCAUGGACACUUGCGUGACGACGCAGGCACCUGUUGACGAAGUCCAGGAGCCUGAGUUGCAGGCCCCAGCGCAGUCUCCUUCCGUCCCCGAGAAGGACGAAGAAGAACUUCUUCGUGACUCCUCGGGGAGUGAGGGGGAAUGCGCGCAGGGGCUGGGCAAGCUGGCCAUCGGCAAGGAGGAGGAGGAGCCGAUGUCGGCGGAGGAGGGCGAUCCUGGUGGAGGAACCCCCUUCGCCCAUUGGUAAAUUCCUCCAAGCCAACCUCCACCACAGCGAAACCGCAACGGCUCAGAUCCGGAAGUGGUUGGAGGUCAACACAACAGCCGUAAUUCUGAUCCAGGAGCCGUGGGUCAGAAGGGGCUCUGUUUGCGGUCUCCGUAACAUAGGAGAGACGUGUGCGCCAUAAGGCUGCGCGGGGCGCAAGACACCAGCAUGCAGGAG